GUAAGUUUGAUGACGGAGAAUGGAGCAGGAGCUUUUCAGGGCUUGGAGUGGGGCUUUGUGCCGCGCGAAAGGGUCGCUUUCACCGUCACCUUCCCCCUCGCCCUCCAGGAGUCUGAGAGCGGCGGAUGAGGAGGGCCAAAUCACACAUUCCAAAGUUGUCUUGUCAUCCCACUUGGGAAUUAAGUGCCCAGCAUACAACUCCUAAUGCACAUUUGUGGACCAGACACAUUGGGAACACCAGGACUUUGUCACAGAUUUCAGCGCUAUUCCAGGAUUUGCAGUGUCUUUGAGUAAAAAAAGUUAUGCAGCGGAGAAACAAAGCAACAAAUGUUGGAUUGCUUUUGCUACUUUCUCAGAUCCAUCAAGUUGGAUUUUUCAGAAUUCCACCUGUCACACUGGUGACUUUGGCAGUAAACAUUUUUCUCUUUUUACAACCUCUGAAACGACUCGAUCAAACAUGCAUUAGUGUUGAAAAGUGUCUUUUCAUGAAAGAUUGGCAUCGUUUGUAUCUUUCACCGCUUCAUCAUGCAGACGACUGGCAUUUAUAUUUUAAUAUGGUCUCUCUGCUUUGGAAGGGAAUUAAAUUGGAAAGAAGGCUUGGAAGUCCGUGGUUUGGAUAUAUAAUUGCGUUAUUUUCUCUGCUAGUUGGAGUUGUAUAUAUGAUUUUGGAAACUGUGUUUGCAGAGCUUAUGGAUGAUCCUAUGUACAAGCUAAAUUGUGCUGUAGGCUUUUCAGGAGUGUUAUUUGCCUUGAAAGUUCUUAACAACUAUUAUCACCCUGGAGGGACCACCAACAUCAUGGGAAUACAUGUGGUAAACAAAUAUGCAUGUUGGUUGGAACUUCUAGCAAUUCAGUUAUUCAACCCGGGGAGCUCUUUUGCAGGACACCUGGCAGGUAUUCUUGUUGGGCUGAUGUAUACCAAAGGACCUCUGAAGAUGAUCAUGGAAGCAUGUGCAGUUAUCUCUAUAGGAGAUUUUAGUUAUUCUGGUUAUCCAUCCUACACACCGAGAGACUAUAAUACGUACACUGAUGGAUUGAGCGAAGAGGAACAGUUUGAAAGGGCAAUGAGAAACAGUCUGAAUGACAGAGGUCACAGCUCAAGAAAUUACAACAAUGAAAGGAGACCCUAUGGCUUCUGGUUUCCCCCAAGAGAGCUAUCAGCAGAAGAGCUCCGAAGACACAGGCUUAACAGAUAUGAAAGGCAGUAAAAUUCUCAGGUGCCUUAGUGACUACAUAUAAAGAUGUCUAUAUGGUAGCUGCCAAAUGUUGGCUGAUUCUUCUCCUGCCAUAUCUAAAUAGUUUUCCAGAAAAGAAUGUUUCCUGUUGGGUAUGUACUUAAUACACACCAAGUUGUGUGAAAAAAUUGAGUCAAAAUGGCACUUUCUUGGUAUGAGGAUCUUUGAGAGUAAGGCUUGAAAUGAAAAGGUACCUAAGAGCCAGGUGUAAGUUAAAGAUUUCAGUUCACCAGGAGCAGUUUUGAUGUGUUCUUGUUCAACUCCUACUCAUCUCAGUGGGUGGAAGAAGCUGCAGGAGCCUUUGAUUUGUUGAACUUUUGGAUGUCAAUGGAACUUGCAGACAUUAAAUUUUAUUUUAUUUUUUGCUCUGGUUCAUGAUUACAAACAUGCUCUGAAAUAUAGAAGCACUACUUACUUAACUCCAAAGCUGUACAUUUGGGUUUUGACAAUUAUUUGCAUAUCAAAGUUACAUUAUUCUAUGAUGCAUCAACAGCAGUAAACUUGGUUGUCAUAAGGAAUUAAUGCAGUGUAAAUUAUGUCAGCAGUGAAGGAGAGGGCAAAUGAAGUAUGUUAAUAAUGAACAUACCUAAAUUAAGUUACAUUAUGAGAUUAAAAGACAGUAGGCAAUGUAUUAAUGUUAAGUUUUCAUUUGGCUCUGACCUGCCAUCUGCUUGCAGGUAAACCCACUUAUUCUUUUUCUUCCAAACCAUCUCACAGGUAUUGUUCAAGGAGAUAAAAAAGCUCUCUCAUGUUUUCAAACAUUGCUAUAUGCUUUCAAAUGUUCUUUUUUAGUUAAUAAAACUAUAUUUUAGUUUAUAAAA